AUGGAGGUGAAUCAGCAGGACCAGCAGUUACGGAACCCUAAACAUUCUUACAACAACAAUGAAUGUAAUAUAUGCAUCGGGCCGUGCAUAGACCUACACGCAUUAGCCCCAAACAAACAGGGUGUCGACCCCAGUGGGGGCUUGCAAUCCUCCUCUAACGACCAAUACUAUAGCAAAUAUCGCCUCUCUUCUUUGGAGGCAUAUCCUACAAAUUCAAAUCAUGAAGCCGCCGUGGGAAUGGAUUUGUCUCUCCUCAAUUAUCAAGAUGACUCACAAUUCUCUCAGCCUGACGUCAAGAGGUUCCAAGAACAAGAUGUUCCAGCCGGUUCCCACCCUUUACUUCAAAAUCAAAGCCCCAAGCCGUUGAAUAGGAGUCUGAAAAAUAGCAAUAGCCGGAGGGAGCUACCGAUCGAUGAGGCCCUCCACACCACUCGGAAAUCUCAAAUACCGGACUCCUUCGAGAUCCCAAGUUGGGAUCAAAUUAUUCGUGAGUCAACUCACAAAGCUAUCGACAUGAAAUUGAUUCUACCUCCCAACGACGCCAGCUACCACAUUGUCCGCCGCUUCCUCUGUCAUGUUCUAACAAUUGACGAGUGGGGAAUCAGCAAGCCUAAUCCCGGGGCAAUUAAGGCCACAAUACAGAAUUGGCACGGAACUGGUUAUUAUUUACGCUAUCUCUAUGAACAAGAAGACUUGGGCGAUAUUUGCCCUCCCGCAAUGCCGCAAGACCCAUCGAGUUUAUCGGACCCGUUACGGAUACCGAAUCAUGUGCGCGAUCUCAUCGCCAAUUGCGUGUAUCAAGAAAUUCGUAAACUCAUCGACAGGGAGGAAGGAUCUGGAUCACCCAAGCUUCCGAUCCGAAUAGAGUCUCGCUUACCAACAACUGCGGCAGGCUCUCAUGCCAUACAGAUCCGAACGGCACAAGCCUCAACAGUCCAGGGUGUCAAUGUCAGGAAGCCAGAGAAUGAAGGGGAACGUACUGACAGGGGGAAAUUCGUCCGCAGCCCUAGCAUUAGGGCUCAAAUUCCUGAAGAAGGGAGCAUACAAAAUGGCCAGAUUUAUCGAGGGAAGACUCUAAAGUGGAUGCAAGAUGCUCCAGGGGAAAGGGAUGCUCAGAAGAGAGCCCGGGCGCAAAAGGGGAAUCCCGACGAAACACCGAAGCAAGUAUAUCAUCAACCGUCAAGCGGGAGUGGGAAGUUACAACCUCGGUCAUUGCCCAAGCCACCUGAGUUCAACAGCAAUCCUAAGAAAGUUGAUCGCGUGAACGUACUCAAGGGGAAAUACAACCUCUCGGUUAAGAACUUCUUCAGCAACUUUUCCGGAAGCAAGACACAUUUGCCUAUCCAACCCACAAAGGCCCCCGAAACCUAUCCCAUAAAAGCCAUCCGCUUUGAAAACUCAACCGACGCUAACAAGCCAACGAUCAUCGAGCGGUUGAAAGAUAUUAGCAUCCACGAAUCUAGCGCAGAUGGUGAAAGGUCUCAGAGGGUUAGGAAGAAGAUAACAGUCCUUCUCAACGACGAUUCUCAAUCUGCACACUCUUCAGAGCAGUCGAUAGCUGCAAUGCUAAAACGUAUUCGGAGGAGCCUGAGUAGAGAACUAGACCACCCAAUAUCACGUUCGGGGACCCGCAAGCCGAUGGAUGUGCGCAUCGUGAGCUCAGCUACGCCUGUCGGAAUGUUGAAUCCAGUUCAAACUCCCAUCCCUAGUCAGGUUGACUCUGAUGAGACUAAAGCUGGAGGCAAGCGGGAAGUAGGGAGUGAUGAUCCGAGCCAGAGGGAAAAGAUGGAGAGUAUUCGGAAUACUCAUUACGACUCCGCUUCUGAGGAGCUUCAGCCCGUUUCCGCCAUAACGGCGAGUGACCGGGACCCAGCGGCGGAAACUAAACUGAAAAGUGGUCGAGAGGGUUCGUGCACUGAGCGCUUUAAAUACCAACUUGGCAAUAUCUAAGAAGAAGACUCAUGAUUCCACUGCUGACAAGCAAGAGAAGGACUGAUCGAGCUUCCUAUACAGAAGUAUACAGUUCCCUCCAUGAUGUCCGCGGUGCGGAGA